AUGUUUGUCCGGCACUUUAGUACGGCCGUCCGCAGAUGCGCCAAGGUCGACUCGUCGGCGAAGAGCACGCGCGCAAUCGCGAACUCGAUCGUCCACAACAUGAACUCCAACACGCUCCCAAACAAAAACCUCGCCGCAAGCAACUCGGCCAUCGACGCGGCCCGCUAUUUUGACGGGCUCCAGGCACAGAACUUCUUUGAGCACGCAGAAUACAAGCAGCUGCCGGAUGACUCGCAGUUUAUCGAGAAACACUACGACGAGCUCAGAUACUACAGAGACAAGCUGGGCAAGUCGUUUGGCGAGUUUGGCAGUGUCAGCGAACUGUUCCGCGCGCUGAGCAAGUUCAAGCCGCAGUUCGGGUCCCGGAACACGCGCGCGCUGCCGGACACAGAGGUGUUGCAGGACAUGGACCAGCUGGCUGUAGUCAAGUUUGACCGCUUUAUCAACGACCUGGCCAUCACGCUGCGGCUCAAUGGCGGCCAUCUGUUCACGCUGGACCUGCUGCUGCACAACAAGGAGCUGUUUGACAGCUUUGAGCAGGAGAAGAAAUGA